AUGACAUCGUCGAUUCAUAAAAUGACUAAACUUACUACUAAAUUUGCAUUAUCAAAGCAAUCUACUUAUACCUUAAACAAUGGGUUAAAGAUCCCAAUUGCUGGUUAUGGGGUUUAUUUAAUUCCUAAAGAGAAAACAAAAGACUUGGUUUAUCAAGCAUUGGUUGCAGGAUAUAGACAUGUUGAUAGUGCAAUUGCUUAUCAUAAUCAAAAACAAGCUGCUGAAGGUAUUGCUAAAUUCUUACAAGAUUUCCCUGAUAAGGCUAAACGUGAAGAUAUAUUCUUCACAACCAAAAUCAAUGAAAAUGCUCAAGGAUAUCAAGGCACUAAAAAGGCAAUUGAAGAUAUUGCCAAAGAUGUCAAAAGUUCAAUUGGUUAUGUCGAUUUGGUUUUAAUUCAUUGGCCAUUCUCCACUAAAGAAACCAGAUUGGGAACAUAUAAGGCUUUACAAGAAUUUGUCUUAAACCCAGAAAACCCAACUCUUGAAAUCAAAUCUAUUGGAGUCUCAAACUAUGGUGUCAAACAUUUGGAAGAAUUAUUCAAUUGGGAAGAAUAUAAAGUAAAGCCAGUAGUGGAUCAGGUUGAAUUACACCCCUGGUUACCUCGAGUUGAUUUACGAGAAUAUUUAUCCAAACAUAAUAUUCUUUUGGAAGCUUAUUCUCCAUUAACAAGAGGUGAAAAAUUCAAUGAUCCAGAAUUAGUUAGUUUAUCAAAGAAAUAUAAUAUCAGCCCGGGGCAAAUAUUAUUAAAAUGGGGAUAUCUUCAAGGAUUUAUUGUUUUAGCCAAAACAGCAACUCCAUCGAGAAUUAAAGAAAAUUUGGAUGCUUUGCCAGAUGCUGGUACUGAAGAUCUUGAAUUGAAUGAAGAAAUAGUCAAGACAUUACAUAAACCAGAUUCUAAAGGAGUACAUACUUGGGGUGGUAGGGACCCAACAUUAUGGGACAGAAAUGACAGUUCAAAAGCAUGGAAUGAAUAG